CCUUCCGCUGCGCUGCGUGGUGGAUGAGGUGAGCAGGCAAUCAGCACAAAGGUCACGACCUGCUGUGCCGCCUGCGCUGGAAGAUUGCCUGCUGAAAACGUUGGACUGGACGAUUGCGCCGUGGUUCGGUAGCUUCGAGACAAGCACACAAACACGGCUGGCCAAGAGAUCGACAGGUGCUGCGCAGCUGCUUUUCCCUCAGAUCAGCACACCCGGGCCCUCGGACUGCCUCUACUUCUACCCUCCUCCUCACCGUACCUGGACCUGUGAAUGCCGACGCAAGGACUGCGCUUGUUGCAGCGCAGAGCGGCACCUGUGCCAUGUGGCAGCGAGUCAAAACCGGCUCCAAAGCAUCUUUCGACAGAGCGUAUGCUGCGCUAGAUAAACUCGGCCCUCCAAUAAAUAAGCUGAGCAACAGACUGGGAUCAGAGGCAUUCUGGCCGACGACGUUAGAUAAGGAGAGCGACAAGGCUGCGCGGAUAUUGAAGAGCUUCUGCAAGGAUGGCUUCUACGCAGAAGAGGAUGUGGAGGCGGGUGAUGGGCCGAAACAGAAGCAGAAAGUGUUGCAAAAGAUACCCGAACAUGUGAUUCGCAAUGCCAAAGGACUCGCCAUCUUCACUACCAUGAGGACGGGUUUGUGGAUCAGCGGCGCAGGUGGCUCAGGCAUAUUGAUCGCGAGGAAGGAAGAUGGUACCUGGAGCCCACCGUCUGGCAUCAUGCUUCACACCGCGGGGCUGGGCUUCCUCGUUGGCGUCGACAUAUACGACUGCGUCGUGGUGAUCAACUCGCAACGAGCGCUCGAUGCCUUCACCAAAGUACGGUGCACACUAGGAGGCGAGAUUUCCGCAGUCGCGGGCCCGUUCGGCGCUGGUGGGACUCUGGAAACUUCUGUUCACAAGCACCAAGCUCCGGUGUACACAUAUCUCAAAAGUCGCGGCUUUUACGCUGGAGUACAGAUCGAUGGCACAAUUGUCAUUGAACGAAUGGACGAGAACGAACGCUUCUACGGACAAAAGCUUCCAGUAGCUGAAAUUCUCGCUGGGAAAGUCCGCCAUGCUCCUUACGAAAUCAGGAGACUACUGGAGACCAUCAAGGCUGCGCAAGGCGAUACUGACAUCGACGACAGUUUGAUACCGACAGAAGCGGCGCCAGGCGACUACGAGAUUGAUGAUGGGACUUCAUUUGGUGUUCCAAAGAUGGACGAUCCGGACCCGUAUGGCGUGCUGGCACUGGAGAAAGAAGGCAUGACUCUCAAGGAGGCUGGUACGCACAAGAGAGCUUCUUGGGAGCAGUUUUCUUUCAACCCGGCCCCGACAUCUCCCAUAUAUCCGAUAUACACUCGGCAAAGCCAAGACUUGAGCGCACGCUCAACGAGCCGACGUAGUAGCUGGCGGUCGAGUGCGUUUAGCGCGGAACCGAAGACACCGAGCUCUCUGAGGAAUAGUUUGGAUCGGAGGCGCUCGCUUGUCGUAAUGGCAGACACAUCGACACAGACAGAACCCGCCGUUGACGUUCCUCCGUCACCAAGCAGGAGAAGCAUAGGCGGCCACAGUCAGCAUAGUAGCAAAGGCAGCAUUUCGAACCUGAACACGUCGACUAUGCAAGACGUCCCAGAGCAUGAAGUUCUCACAACACCACACGCACAAGACGCGCCUGUCAACAUCAGCACUGCGAAUGGCUACACCACUCCUCCUCAUACACCACCCGCGACGUCGGAAGCUCCUCACGAUGUCUCUGACCACGAAGACGAUCAUUAUGACGAUGUACAGAUCAUUGAGCAACCGGUCGUGCACUCCGUUCAAUCCGUGCAGCCUGUCACAUCGCAGACCUUGUCCAAGGCGCGCAUCGUCAAUGUUCCCAAACGUUUACCGCCUAAGCUGCCUCCACGGAACCCAGGACGCAAUGUCGCGGUCGAUCAGUCCCCAUUGUCUCGCACUCCUUCGCCGGAAAAGUUUCCAGCCACUGCUGCCGUGCAAAGCCUGCCCGCACGUACAGACGGAACCGUGGCUGAUAUUGAUGUGGGGAGUCCUCAAGAGAAAAGCGCGGAGGAGUUGGUGCGCAACGCGGAUCCCGUCAGCCCCAUCUCUGAGGUGGGGGCGGAGAUUAUGACAGCCACAAAGCUUGAGGCAGUGAGUCUGCGUGGUGUCCAGAAGGAGCUGGACAAGGAUCACGCCGUCUCGCCUAUCACCACCGAGCAAGAUGAGAAGCGUGGAACCACAGUACCGGAGGCGAAAGAGAAGAUGCCAGGAGGCUUCGACUGAGAAGUUCCAUUUCUUGCAAUUAUGGAUAACGAAUGAUGAAAGGUCUUGGGUAUGGAUAUAGCGGCAGCGAGGGCGUUACUUAAGGGGCAUGUGUGCUCGUCUAAUACCCCAGUCUCAUGCAUGGGAUGCGGAUGUCCGGCAGGAUUGAUUCCUGGUCAUUAUUGAGAUCGUGUAUAGGUUAUUGUCAAGUCGUAUUCCUGGUUGAGGUUGUGGGGACCAUCUACCUGUUUCACAG